AUGGAAGCAAUAUACCGCAUUCAAGUCGACUUCUUAAACACAAAACAGGUCAAUCGUGCAUAUAAUUCAUUCAUUGCGGAGGAAAGACAUACUACUGACACGUCAGUGUCUGAAGCUUUAGAAGAAAGGACUGAGUGUAAGGAAGGUUUCAAUCAAGAUAAUAAGCAAGAUUGGAGAAUUGGUGAGCUGGUAAUAGAGAGACAAGCAGAAAUGAAGCAAAAUAUGGAUACACAGGACAAGGAUUUGUUAAUUUCUAGCUACUUGGGACAUGGAACUGUUCGUCUGUUCAGACUUAAUGAGGCUCAUGACCUGGCCAGUUUUGACAAAGAUUUGAAGAUCGUUCCAGGAGACGAUACGAUGGUGUGUAUCUUAUUUGUACCCACAUAUUUCACUGUUCAUGAUCUACUUCAUUUCUACAUUGGUGAUGACAUAAUUUCAAAACAAAUAUCAACUUUCCGUAUUCUGAGAAAUAAAAAAGAUGAAUUGGGAUACAAUUACAUGGUGCUCAUCAAGUUCAGGGAUCCUGUACUUGCCAAAAAUUUCAAGGAAGAGUUUAAUGGCAAAAAAUUCAGUAAGGUAGAUCCAGAGACUUGUCAUGUCGUGUCUAUCAAGGAAGUCGUAUUCAAGAAAUCAUUAUUUGAGCGUCUGGAAACAGAAAAAAUACCGUAUCUUCUCACAGACCCUUUCACAACGAUUGAGGGUGAUAUUGCACCAUUGAAGGAAGUUGAGCUCCCGACGUGUCCAGUGUGCUUGGAAAGAAUGGAUUCAGAUACAACAGGCUUGAUCACAAUCCCCUGUCAGCAUACUUUCCAUUGUUCAUGCUUAGACAAAUGGAAAAAUUCACAAUGCCCCGUUUGCAGAUACUCGACUUUAAGACUUAGCAGAAAUUCAGCAAUCAGACAGACUGGGGAAACAAAUGGCUGCAGCACAUGUCAAUGUCACGAAAAUCUAUGGAUCUGUCUGAUAUGCGGAAAUAUUGGAUGCGGCAGAUACAACUCCAAGCAUGCGAUUCAGCAUUAUGAAGCCACUUCACAUUGCUUUGCGAUGGAUAUGAGAACUCAAAGAGUAUGGGAUUAUGCCGGGGAUAAUUACGUUCAUCGGCUGGUUCAAAAUGAAGUGGACGGAAAACUUGUAGAGGUUCAGGCAGAUGGUUUAGCGAGACAAGGCAAUUCCCACAAUGGUAUAGAAACUAAUAAGGAUGGCGAAAUGGCAUCAAAUUUCAUGAGGAAUAAAGAAUAUCAUUUAGAAUAUGUUCAAGUUUUGAUUUCUCAACUCGAAUCACAAAGGGAGUAUUAUGAAAUGAAGCUUGGACAAUCUAGAAAAGUGGAGAACCAAUUAGAGGAACAAGAAAUAGUCCCCGUAAGAAAGCAAUUCGAGCAAUUAAAAGUGACAAUGAAGAAUAGUCGCUCGGAAUGGGAACAAGAACGAGCAACCCUAAAAAAAGAGGUGGAUGAAGAUAGCCUCGUUAUUCGUGGUUUACAGGAGAACUUGAACCAUGCAGCAACUCAGAGAGCCUCCUUGAGCAGCGAAAUCAAUAAUCUGAAAAAGAGCAAUUCUGAACUUAAGGAACAGGUUCAAGAUUUGAUGUUUUACUUGCAGACACAGGAAAAGUUCAAGGAUGCGGAUGAAAGUGUAAGAGAAGGAACGAUUGUCAUUCCAGCUGCCCUAGAUCCACCGUCGAACUCUGCCAAAAAUAGUCGGAAGAAAAAGGUAAAGAAAAAGAAGAAGACGUGA